AUGCUGAAGAACCUCGUGCUCGACGUGGCCGAGGCUGCAGCUAACAUCCAGCUGAAGGAGCCGCGGAUGCUCGAGAUCCCGGCCCCCUGCUACGUGCUGGGGGACAUCCACGGGAACCUGCUGGACUUGACCUUCUUCCGUAGGAUCCUCUGGCCGGCAGGCCCGGAGGCGCAGGGUGCGGACUUUCUGUUCCUCGGGGACUUUGUGGACCGGGGGGCGGACAGCUUGCCGGUGGUGGCGUACAUGAUGGCGCAGAAGGUACUGAACCCGAGGAAGUGGUGGAUGAUAAGGGGGAACCACGAGACUCGGGAGGUGAACGGCAACAUCAAGACGUACAGGGAGGGCUCGUUCCUCCACCAGUGCCUGAGGAUCUUCGGAGACGCGGACGGACGGACGGUGUGGGAGAGCGUUAACUGCUUCUUCGACACCCUCCCCCUCGCCGCCCGCGUCGCCAACCGAGUCUUCUGCGUUCAUGGUGGCAUCCCCAAGGAGCUCUGCCAGCCCGGGGCGAGCCUGGAGAUGGUGAACGAGACGCCCAACCCCCUCAAGCUCGUCCGGCGCGGCGACAUGGUCCACUCCAUGCUGUGGUCGGACCCGGUGCCGCCCGACCGGGAGACGGCGGUGGAGGUACAGCAGCAGCUGGACAGCCAGGGGUUCGGGCUGUCGUCACGAGGAUGCUCGUGCUUCGGGGAGAAGACGCUCGAUAUCUUCAUGGAGCAGCACCGGGUGAGCUACGUGUUCCGAGGACACGAGGCGCAGCAGCACGGCAUCGGGCUGUCGAGGAGCACGCGGCUAUGCACUAUCUUCUCAACGAGCAAGGAUCACUUCGCUCCCGAGGUCAAGACAACCUGCGGGUGCGUGCUUGUCAACAGGGAUGGGAUCCUUCCGAUCGUGCGCGGGCAGCCGCAGCAGCCGAAGGGGAGCAAGACGUUGGGCAUGCGGCAGGGGAGGCUGCCGCUACAGCAGAUCGACGGGAACACUAACAGGAACAAGAUGGGAGUGAAGUUGGAGGAGCUGGAAAAAAGUAAGGAAGAUGCUAGAUUGUUUGUGUGUUGA